GCACCACCACGUUCGGCCAUUGACACCUCGCCUCCUUGUCCUCUCCUGUCGCGCAGUACUUCUGACUGACCCAGCACCUCCAGCAGUUGUUCUUGACCGUCUCGUUCCUGCUCGCGCCUCUCGCCCGGGUCAUCGCCAUCCGGAAGUCGUCCAGCUCUCUCCCCGUCACGCCCCGGUGCGCUGCGCACUGCAUCGUCCUGUGCUGACGCCACUCCUCGCUGCCCGCCUCGUCCAUCAUGCAGCACGCCACGCACCCAGCCCGCAGCUCGUUGAACAGCUGCUCCACCUGCCCCCAUUCGCGCCCGUGCCUCUGCUGCUCGUCCAGCCACGGCCGGACCCCGUCUCCGCACCGGUCGCAGCCAGCCGCUCCCUCCAAGUCGCUGCAGCUCACCCCGAUCCGGUCCAUGUACCGACUCAUCAGCAGCCGCCGACAGCCGCUGCCGACAAUGAAAAGCCCCAUCGCCGACACGUCGAUGUUGUCCGACUGCACCGCCAGCGUCUGCUCCACCUCGCCGUGCCCCACCAGUAUCACCGAAUCCACCGCCUCGCCUGCUCUCCCGCCUCGCCCGCUCUCCUGCGCGUAGUCGAUCAUGCUCCACGGCAUGCCCACGUGCAAGAUGUACACAAUCCCCGGGUAGUCUACGCCGGUGCCCAGCGCCGACGUUGCCACCAUCAGCCCGCCCUCUUGCUCCCACCUCUCAAGCUUCUCCGCUUUUUCCUCGUCCUCGACACCUGCGUGAUAAAACGCACAGCCAAGCGCGGCUGCCAUGUCCUCGCACAGCGCCUUGCUCCGGCAGUACACAACCCCCUUUAGCCCACGCUCCUGCAGCUGUGCCUGACGCCGCAAGCCGAUCGUCACAGCCAUCUCUUCCUUCUGCUCCGGCUCGCACCACGAGACGAAAUAGCGCGUGUUCGGCCGCACGGUGCUCGCCCGUAUGUACGUUGCGUUGUGUAUGAGCAUGCUCGACUCCAGCGCGUGCUCCCACACCGGCGGCAAUGUCGCUGUCAUGAGCACGAUUGGGCAGCCAAGCAGCCGCAAGUUCUUCAGCAGCGCCAGCUU